AUGUCUUCAAACGCUUCGAGUCAGCCGCAUCGUAGUGUGCCACCGGCACAAUCCAGAGAUGCAAGCGGGCCAUCUCGAUUCUUCCCCAAUCCCAAUCCAUCCCCUGUUCAUAUCCUCGCGCCUAAUUCAAGUCCUCUUUCGAACGGCGAAUCAUAUUCAAGGGCUUACUCGCCAGCCAACGGUGUUCAACACUCUCCAAUCCCCUCCAUAUCCAACACAAAUUAUGCCAAUGCUUGGCCGUCGGUGAGGAGGAACUUCACUGUCGAUCCGUUGACAGCAUCCAGCGGCUUCACAUCUAGUAGUAACUCCAAUCAUGCUCCUCCACGACGACAAUGGGGGAGUGAUGAGCUGCCCAAUCAUGAGGAGGGCCCGCCUCGCAAAAGAAUUAAUCGAGGCCCAUCGGAAGACCCGUCUACCAGUCUAGAAUUUCCACCGUCUCCAGAAUUCCAACGCGUCGGCGAACGGCGCCAUUUUUCUACAAUCAGUGUAGACUCCAUGUCCGUAUCUUCAGAAGAGUCCUUACCCACCAGCGAUACAAGAUUCAAUAUGUUUCUGAUGACACAUCCCGGCGAGAACAAGUCAAAAGUCCAUGCAGCGUGGGUGCAAGCUGGCUGCGACAACCGUAGAGCAGAUGCGUUUUUAAGGGAUCCAGCAUGGUCUCCAGUCCUACCGGUAUCCACAACAAUGGAUAAAGAUGCUUUGGGUAGGGUCAAAGAGAUCGAUGAAGCCUCCAAAGCUCAGAGAGCCGCAGUUAAAGAGAAAGGCAGAAAAUCUAUGAUCUAUGCGAAUCGUCCUGGGUUAGAGUCGAAGGCACCUGCUACCCCUCCACCUUCCAAGAGUAUUAUUGACUUGACUACACCGUCAUAUUCAACCCCAACAUCGCCCCUCACCCCAGUUGUAAGAGCUCCUCGACGCCAGCGCGCAAAGAAGCUAGUCAUUCAUUCUGACGAUGAAUCCGGUUAUGAAGAGCCCGCAUCUGACGAAAGAGAUGAUAUGACAAGCGAAGCGCGCUUAGAAUAUGCCUAUGAAGCGCGUGCAUUAGAGUAUUUGAAUACGUCGCAAUCUGACGCAUUGCAAGAAUUGACUGGAUGCACUCCCGAGCAGGCCAACGUUAUCAUUGAGCUUCGUCCAUUCAGUUCUGCAGAAGACAUUCGAAACAAGCUUGGUCAAGGCAAAAAGAAAGCAGGACCAACCGGUAUCAGUCCACGCAUGUUCGAGGACUGUACCACGAUGCUGAAAGGCUAUGGCUCUGUCGACAAUGUGCUGGAAAGCUGUGAAAAGAUUGGAUCUACUCUCCGUACAACUAUUUCAUCGUGGAUCCCUGACAAAAAAUCCAACGUGGACGAAAGUCUGGACGACGGCGCUCUGAGCUUAUUAUCAAUCAAGCCGUUAAAGAAGGGCAAUGCUCAGAACCACCUAACUACUCAACCAAGAUUGAUAGCGCAAGGCGUUUCCCUGAAAGAAUAUCAACUUCUUGGAGUUAACUGGCUUCAUUUGCUCUACCGCAGCAAUUUGAGUUGUAUAUUGGCGGAUGAAAUGGGACUUGGGAAAACUAUCCAGGUCAUCAGCUUCCUCGCAUAUCUUAAAGAACAGGGCAAGAAAGGACCUCAUCUCAUUGUAGUACCGUCAUCUACACUAGAGAAUUGGUGUCGAGAAUUCGCUAAAUUUGCCCCCUCUGUUGCUAUCCAAACGUAUUACGCCGACAAAAAUGAUCGACCAGCACUUCGAGAGACCUUAAUCAACACACAGAGAUGUCGUAGUAAAACUUCAGAGGGAUGGGAAGUCCUUAUUACCACCUACAAUUUGGCCCAAGGCGACGAUCGUGAUCGAAAGUUUUUCCGCAAGAUUGAAUGGGAUUGUUGUGUAUACGAUGAAGGACAUGUUUUAAAGAAUUUUCAAUCCCAACGAUAUCAAUCCUUGAUGAAGUUCGGCUCGAACUGGAGACUACUAUUAACCGGCACGCCGUUGCAGAAUAAUUUGCAAGAACUUGUCACCAUAAUGUUCCAGUCUUUGCUAAACUUCAUCCUGCCUGACCAAUUUGCUGGCUCGAUCGACUCCUUACGUGCAAUUUUCAAAGUCAAGGGAGAUAGCAAAGUUACAUUACUUUCACAAGAACGGAUUUCACGCGCAAAGAAAAUGAUGACUCCGUUUGUCUUACGCAGAAGGAAGGACCAAGUAUUAAAAGAUCUUCCAAAGAAAACAGAGCGUAUCGAGUGGUGUGAAAUGACUGAGCUGCAGAGAUCAAUUUACCGCGAUGCACUUCAACGUUCCCGGAAAACGGUGGUCGAGGCGCAAUUAGAUGAAAGUUCUGAAAGCUCUUCUAGUAAAAAGUCACGUGUCGGUCAUCGUCCCAAAGACAAACUUUACGCCGAAAACAGCUCUAAUGUCUUGAUGGAUCUCCGCAAAGCAGCCUCUCAUCCCAUGCUUUUUCGAACUAGGUUUACUGAUGAUACAUUGUCACGGAUUGCUAAACAGUUGUUGAAGGAGCCUGACUUCAAGAAGCGGGGGGCCCUUUACGACCUUGUCAAAGAAGAUAUGUCUGUAAUGACAGAUUCGGAGCUUCAAGUUUUCUGUGCUACAUACAAAUCUACCCAGAAGUAUCUUCAAGAUCAAUCUUGUUAUAUCGAUGCCGGGAAAGUCCAAGUGCUCCUCAAAUUACUGCAGACUUAUAGACAUGAUGGUCGAAAAGUCUUGAUAUUUUCUCAGUUUACGCAAAUAUUGGAUAUUCUUCAAGCUGUUUUGAGAAAUCAUCAUGUCAAAUUCCUUGUUCUUACAGGAAGUACUCCGGUAGAUGUGCGGCAAACUUUGGUGGACGAAUUUACUGAAGACGAUUCAAUUCCCGUCUUUUUGUUAUCCACAAAAGCUGGAGGCAUGGGUAUUAAUCUAACUGCUGCUUCAGUGGUCAUUAUGUUUGAUCAAGACUUCAACCCGCACAAUGACCGGCAGGCACAAGACCGAGCCUAUCGAAUAGGCCAGAAAAGAGACGUUGAGGUAGUUAAGUUAAUCUCUAAGGGGACAAUCGAGGAGGAUAUGCUUCGACUAGGAGAAACCAAACUAGCCCUCGAUGAAGCGGUAGCUGGAGACGGCGAUGAAACCGACGGGAGUGCUCCUGAACGCGAAAUGAAGGUUUCACUGUUGAAAACUUUGCGCAAACAGUAUGAGAUGGAAGGCAAGCCGACACUCUGA